CCCAUUGGACUUUUAUAAAUUCAGCUUGUACCAAAGUUUUGAUGAUGAAUUUGAUUUUCAUAAUCAUAGAGAGAAUAUCUGAUAAACGACAUGUAUUGAGACACACUUUGUCGUGUUUUCUCCUUUUAUUGAUGUUCAUUUCCUUACCAGCACACAAAUAUUAUUAUUUGUUACGUUAAGAUAAGUUAAUCCUUUUAGAUAAUGAUUUUUAGUUUUGUUGACUCCUUUUGACCUUUACCCUUCAUUUGUCAACAAUGGCUACCCUCAUUGGUUGCACGCGAACUCUCUUCCGAUGUCGCGGUGUUUUUCAGCGCACUCUAGCCUUACAGGCGUUCCGCCGGCAGGAUUCGACAAUGGCGAGUGUUGAACUUACUUUGGAUGUAAAGCGGAGGAUUGAGGAAACCAGGCAAAAGGCUCUACUCGGUGGAGGACAGAGGCGUAUUGAUGUACAGCAUAAAAAGGGAAAGCUCACGGCCCGUGAGAGGAUCUUGCUACUGGUGGACGAAGGCUCCUUCAUCGAAUAUGACAUGUUCCUUGAACACAGCUGCUCCGACUUCGGGAUGGAGAAACAGAAGUUCCCAGGUGACAGCGUUGUGACAGGUCGAGGACUCAUCAAUGGCAGGACGGUCUUUGUCUUUAGUCAGGACUUCACUGUGUUUGGAGGCAGUCUGUCCGGUGCUCAUGCCAAAAAAGUCUGCAAAAUCAUGGACCAGGCCUUGAUGGUCGGAGCCCCGGUGAUCGGUCUCAACGACUCGGGUGGCGCCAGAAUCCAGGAGGGGGUCGAGUCCCUGGCCGGCUACGCUGACAUCUUCCAGAGGAACGUGGAGGCAUCUGGAGUCAUCCCUCAGAUCUCUAUGAUUAUGGGCCCCUGUGCCGGAGGCGCUGUGUAUUCCCCCGCCCUCACAGAUUUCACCUUCAUGGUCAAGAACACAUCCUACUUGUUCAUCACUGGCCCUGAUGUUGUGAAG